GGCAGCAUCUUUGCCGCGCAUCCUUACUGUAUGGGUUGACUGUGCUCAUGGCGUCGAUGAACCGCCGGUGGCUGUUGACCCCGACCUCACCGCUGUGGCGCCCCGGCUCCUCUCUCCCCUCUCUCUCUGUGCGGGCCGCGCAUUGGCGGCGUCCGUGCCUCGGCUUGUCCCGCGUGCGGGCUUGGGGGGCUGCGUUCCGGCUGCUAACCGCAGGUUGGGAUGAAGGACUCCGACGAUGACGGCGUUCCGGACAUUGAGGACCCGGCGCCGUUCGACCCGACCUGCCCCUCCGCGCUGCCGUGCCCCUCGCUACCCUGCCCAGGAGACUGUGUCAAGCUCGGUGACAGCGACGGCGACGGGGUUCCCGACGGGCAAGACCCGGCGCCGCACGACUUCUACUGUUUCAAGCAGGAGUGCGUGGACGCCGACGGGGACGGCGUGCCAGACGUAGACGACCCCGCUCCGCAUGAUCCGGAGUGCUGGGAGGACACUUUUGGGAGCGAGCGCCG